UCGUUGACUGUACACAAAUGUGGACUGGACCCGUGCUGCUGGUUAUCCAUUCACAGAUUGAUGAAUCCAGCUUAUUAUAUAAACACAACCAUGGAUGAAUUCGCUCCAUUAGAUUGCCUUUUGCCUUCAGGAAAACAGCGGAUUUGCUUGGUUAUCCUAAAUCAGCCGAUUGAUGAGCGGUACUUCCAUGUGUUGUGGAGUAAAGCCAAGAUCCGAGCAUGUGCAGACGGAGGUGCCAAUCAUCUGUACCGGCUCACGGAGGGUCGUCGCGAGAGUUUUCUCCCAGACUACAUAAAUGGAGAUUUUGAUUCAAUCCUGCCAGAGGUCAAGGCAUUUUACACACAAAAGAACUGCAAGCUAAUGGAAACUCCAGACCAGGAUCUGACAGACUUCACUAAGUGCUUGGCCAUUAUGGUGGAGGAGAUCAAAACACAGAAAUUGCAGAUAGAUACCAUCGUAACCCUGGGUGGUCUUGGAGGCCGCUUUGACCAGAUCAUGGCCACGGUGGAGACCUUGUUUCAUGCCCAGAAGAUGACCGACCUGCCUGUGGUGGUUAUACAGGACCGUUCUCUUGCUGUCCUCCUCCAAGAGGGCAGACAGCACCAUCUGAACGUGAACACUGGCUUGGAAGGAAAAUGGUGUAGUCUGGUUCCUGUGGGCAGCCCUUGUCUAACCACCACUUCUGGGCUUAAAUGGAACUUGGACAAUCAAGUUUUGGCUUUUGGACAGCUUGUAAGCACAUCCAACACUUACGAGGACCACGACCCCAAAGGAGGCAGAAAACCUGUAACGGUCACCACAGACAAGCCACUUCUAUGGAGCAUGGGAAUUAAACCACUGUGAACAAAGCACCAAGCCUUUAAAA